UAAAGCAAAACCAGCGGGUCAGAAAGAGGCCAGUGUGUGAAUUUGUUGGUGUUGUGCUUUCCUCGUGUUAUUUAUCUGUUUGCGUCCCGAUGCGUCUUUAAUGACGGACGACAAGAGCAGACCCGUGAAUUUAUCACUUCAGUCAACGGCACUGUGAAAUCGCAAGUGAACAAAUGCUUGGAGUCAGCGAGCACAUUUGGACGUGAGUGGGAGAAGCGAGAGGACGAGCUCCUGGGUUCCUCACUUCUACCCACAAGAAAGACAGCGGUGGAAGGAGGAAACACCGCACUGUCACACGAGCCGGGACAAUGGAGUGAACGAGCCGUUUGCUGGAAACAGCACUUUUAACAACCCAGGCUCCUUUGUUGAAGGGGGAAAAAACCCCACUAUGGAAUACGCAAACAUAUCUCUUUAUAGAUUUACUGUAACUGUGGAAAACUUCAACUGAUCAGACCAGCGCCACAAUAUUUCGAAGAGAAACGUUUUGCUUCUUUUGGAUGGACCUUAAAAUCUUGAACAUAAAAGGAAUAUCUUAAUAAUUCAAGGCAUGAUCUGAGCUGAGGGAUUUUCCCCUCACUAGCUGUAAUGGAAAUAUGAAAUAUGCGAGUUUGAAACGCACCUGACGCCAGCCAAACUUUUACCACAUUCGACAUGGCAAAUCGUGCAUGUUUGGUUCGGGACGCGCGCACGUUGAUUUGGCCUUUCGCUUGUGUGUUUGUAUGUUUCGGCUAUUUUUCCCUCGCCGCUUCCAAUCACGGCCGUCGGUUGAUCUGUUGGCAAGCGAUAUUAAACUGUCAGUCGGAGCCUGAGUGUCAUUACGCGUAUGAUCAGUAUUUGCACGCCUGUGACUCCAUCCUGACCGGCCAGAGGAGGAAAUGUCCCAGUCACUGCAUCUCCUCGCUGGUUCAGUUAAACCUGACCAAAAACGGUCCGGCGCUGGAGGACUGCAAUUGCGCCUCGGACCCCCGCUGCCGUGAGACCAAGCGAGCCAUCGAGCCGUGCCUGCCCAAAACCAGCAGCAUGGGCUGCACCGAAGCCCGGCGGCAGUGCGAGAGAGACAGCCAGUGCCGAAGCGCGAUGGGCGAAUAUUUAAUUCACUGCGGUAAACUGUUCAGCGGCUCCAGCUGCUCGAACCCUUGCCGCAAUGUCAUCGCGUACAUGCGAAAACUACCCAAAGCGCAACUCUUGGAUACUUGCGUCUGUGACGGAUCCGAGCGGACUAUCUGCGAGUUUAUCAAAACUAGUAUGAAAACCCUUUGCUUUGACUCUCCUCCCGUGGACGAAGAAGGCUCCAGUGGUUUGGACGACGAUGAACAGGAUGAUGAGGAUUAUCCAUUGGAGUCUGAGGCCAAGGGGAACACAGGUUCUGCUUUUGUGGCAUGUUCCGUUUUGACUGUGGUGGCAUCCAUUUUGGUUCUUGUGCCGCUUCAUUGAUCACUUUGAAGUCGAGAUAUUCAUCUGCUCCAACAGCUGUUCGGGAAUAGUGCAUUUUGUCUUUUUUUUUCCUCCGACGAAUUCGUCUCCAAAGAGUAGACUAUACAAGUUAAAGGAAUGCUCCAGGUUCAGUACAGCACUUGUGUUGUAAUAUUGAUUACCACAAAAAUCAGUUUGAUUUGCCCCUCGCUUAUCAGAAGCAAAGCAAAUAUCGCGCGCUAAUAAUGGAAGUGAAUGGGACCAGUCAACAUUAAAACACACACUGUUUUAAAAGUAUAACCACAAGAUGAAAUCAUGAUUUGUAGGUGUUACCAUGAUUCUAGCGUGAUGUAAUUGCUUACUAACUUUAUCUGUGUAAAGUUAUAUCCAAUAUUACAAUUUAGUUGUCGUGACAACAUAACGGUUGUAAUCUGGUAAACACCGUAACGCCCGUAAAUCCUUUUUUUCUUACACUAAAAUCAUGUUAAUUUGUUUAAUGUUUACAUCUUGUGGCAAUACUUUUGAAACAGUGUGUAUUUUAAAGUAAAUUAACUGGCCCCAUUCACUUCCACUCUUAGUGCCUUUGCUGUAACCGCUAAUUAAACGAGGGACGAUUCGAUUAUUUUUUUGCGGGAAUCAACAUUAUACAACAAAUGCUGUCAAUUGAGCUGAACUUGUAUACAAUCCAGAACAUUUCUUAAAAGCUUUGAGAUGUAGUUCAUGCCCUGAAACUGUCUCAUUGUAAAUGUGCUGUGAUUCACUAUGCAAAUUUACUGCUGCAACACAUUUGGCCCAGGUGAACCAUGCCUUAUCUAAUGUAAGUUUCCAUUUUCAAGCUUAAAAUUCUUAUUCUGAAGUCAUUUAAGAGCAGGGAUACAAAGUACUGCAAGUCAGUCAACUGCCUUAAACACCUUUGUCUAUUUUAAAUGUUUUGUAUAAGACCACAAUUCAGUCAAACUUAUUUCCUUAAAGGAUAUGAAAAUGUUUAUAUUGUUACAUAGACAUUUCAAUAAUUAAAUAUUUUGAUUACAAAGCUGUGCACUGCCAAUGUAAAACUAGAUUUUUAAAAUAUGUAAAGUAUUUUUAUAAAGUUGCAAACGAUCUUGCAUAAGUAACUUCUGUAUAAAGUGUUUUGAAUGCUGGAAUGAAUGAGUAGAUCGCUAUAUUAGAUAAUAUGCGAGUAUUUUGUAGAUUUGAUACACCUUAUGAAAAUACCAGAGAUUCAGAGAAAACUUUAUUUUUUAUCAAAAGUAACCUUCAAAACAAAGGGUGAUUAUUCCAGCUUUAAAGGGAAUUAAAUGUUUGUUUUAAUUAUUUUUCCUUUUAAGGUAUUGUACAGUGUACAGAUUUCAGAGAAUCUUUUAAAUGUGUUAUCAAAGACAAACUAUUUACUGUGUAGAAAUGUCUAAAUCCACUGUAUGACUGCCUUAGUGAUUUUUUUUUUAAGGCAUAAAAAAACUAAAGUACAAAGAUUCAAACGGAGUAUGCGUAAUUGAUUUAUAUUUGCUAUAUUUCAUAGUGUAAUUAUGAAGUUACACUGUACUUGACACCUAAGGCCAUGCAUGGGUCGCAAUGCUAAAUCUAGAAUAUGCGAGCUUGAGCGGAGCUUUUCAGGAACAGAUUAAGUAUCACACCCAGGAGCUUGAAGUGCUGACACACGACUUAGCAAACAGAAGUGUUUGCUGAAGGCAUAAACUCUGAUAUUUAGAUAUCUUUAGAAUGUGAACACAAAAGCGAGUGGCUUUUCCCUGGGGUAUCCGUGUUGCAUCUGGGCCAAGACAGACAGAUGUUUAUUUAUUUUUCAAUCAUUGUGUUCGCUAAAAGGCCUAUGUCUGCACGCCACUGCCGCAAGUAAAUCAGGACUUAAGUUCUUUCUAAAUUGACAGAUAGACAGUAGCAGAACAACAUACAUUGCAAAGUGAUUAUGUAGCAGGUUCUCUAUUUGGCUCCUAAAGUUUAUUGAUCUCUUUAGAUACUUAAAUGAAAAACCAACAAAAAUUCACUCUCGGAAGUGUGUGGGACUGAGGUGGAAAUAAAGUUAGCCAUAACGUUUUAGUGCCAGGAUGUAAUUUUUCUAAAAAGCAUAUAUAUUAUCUGUAGCAUGCCAGUCAGCUGAAGUGAUAAUUAAUUACACUUAUGAAGAGGGACCUUAAAAUAGCUGUUGUUAAAAGCUUAUGUCUGAUAUAAAUCAAGUUACAUCAAACCAACAUCCAAGUUUGUCUUCUUGAAAACAAUUGUGCAAUUUGCUGCGAGUUGCUUACUAUUACUGUCAUUUUUACGUAAACAUAUUAACACUUAUUCAUUUGCGUGUUUAACCACAGUUCAACUUCUGUUAAAGUAAUUUUUAUUGCUCAAGUUUAAAGGUGUUUCCAAACGUUACAUCAAACCUCCACUGUUAGACAAUUGUUUACUAUAUUAAAAACUGUACCAUAAUAUAAUUUAUUCUAUAGAAAUGUUACCUUACGGCAUGUACUGUCACUUUUAUGGCCAUUCUACACACUAGUUUUAUAGAAAAGUCUGAGAAAACAGAUUUGUGCCAUGUUCUCUGUGUAAUUUAUUGGCUUGCUUGGUGAUAUAUGUUUGCCAUAAAGGGAAAAUUACAUGUUCGCAUGUUUUUCAUCAGGGGCUCGAAGGUGCGUU